AUGGAAAUCACAGAAAAUGGGAAAGAAACUUAUUUUUCACAUAAAGAGAGAAUCUUCCCAGAACUUCAAAAUGGAAAAAUCCCCACAAAUCAGUUUUUAUUAGCCUGUCAAGGAAUUGCUGAUUUUGUUGGUUUUCUUGGUACUGCAUUUAUUCCUGUUAAAAAUGAUAUUAGUGGGAAUGUUCACAAAAUCUCCAAAUUAUUUGAGACAGACAAAAAGAAAAUGUAUUUUCUUCAAGAUUUAAUUGACGAAGAUAUUUCUGAAAAUAAUGGAAAAAUUGGAAUAGCAACAGAAGGAUUACUAUGGCUAAAAAGAGGAUUACAAUUUAUGCUUCUUUUACUUAAACAAUUAGUUAAAGAUUAUCGAAAUGGAAUUUUAAAUGGAGAUUUGUCUAAAUCAGAGAAUUUAACUCCAAAUCUACGACAUUCUUAUGAAAAUACUUUAAAGAAGCAUCACAAUUUUAUUUCUAAACAAUUAUUUAAGGUUGUAAUCCACGCUGCCCCUUCUAGAAAAACUUUAUUAAAAGCUUUAGCCUAUGGAAAUGAAGGAUUGGAAAAGGAAUGUAUAGACCACAUAGAUGAAUUAAUUGGGAAUUUUGAAGCAAAUGUUCAAUCACUUGUUGCAUAUUAUAAUCUCAAAGGACUUGAAAGUCAUCAUUAA